ACAGCAACAAUGAAAUUUUACUAAAGCUUCCUCUGUCGAAGGAAAGGCGCUUAUUCUAUUGUCGUCUCCAAGUUUAAUCUUCUUUCGUCUCAAGUUUCCUGUGUUCAUUUCAGUAUGUUUUUGUGCACCAAGUCUAGUUAUUUUACUCAUCUACUUGCAUAAUGAAUAGCUCAACCCAAGUGAAUAAUGUUUUUGAUUAUUUUGUUGUGUGUGGGCUCGACUCGACGCGAGGCUUAGUCCCCAAUAAUGAGCACAAUGCCCUAUCAGGCCCAUUGGAAGCUACUUAUUGUCCGCAAGUUUUAGCUCACUACCCAGAGAAUGUAGCCUGGAAUCUAUUUGAUGGCGCUGCUGUCACCACGCUAUGUAUGCCGUCAGGAGUCCAUUUCUCAUGUGUUCCAAAAGAAUCUCAUGAUAAAAAUAAAGAACCUCACUUUCAUCCUUUCAUAAUAACCAAGGAGAAUGGAUCUAGAGUUUAUGGAUUUUCCUUGGUGUUUAAUGAAGAAGUUGUUGACGAUUCAAUCAUCAAUGCAGUUAGCUCUCUGCAGAAAAUGCACGCAGCACAGAUUGUUGAAAUUGCACCCAGAUCCAAUUUAGAAGUCUUUGAAGAUCCUGCCACAAGCUCGAAAUCCUUACCUAGGCAUUUUAAAGUUAACAGCACCCGUCUAUACGACAAAGCCAAGUGCACAGCAAAAUUCGAUGUCCUUCGCGAUUCAUUAUUGGUUGCCAAGUGCAUCUGUCUUAUAGGACAGUACCCGGCUGUUGAUGCCGCUAGAAAUUUUCUGUUAAAUUUCUACAGACUGGCAGUGCAUUCCUCAGAAUUAUCUACUUCGGGCGACCACCCUUUGUCCAUGCUGAGUCCAGAAUCCUAUAUCUAUUACUUGUUGUUCUCCAUUCCUUUACCCAGUCCUAAUCAGUGCAUAGUCAUUCCCAACGUUCCGGCUCUGGAGUGGACUCAGUCAUCAACCGCUGCGAGUUCUACCCUUAUCUUUCAACGUCCAUCCGUUCACUCUGAACUUCCUUUGUUCGAAUACGAGAUCGGCCAGGUCAUUGAUCUACUAGGGAUCGACCAUCUCAUCCAAUUAUGGACCUGUUUACUACUUGAGACCCAAGUGCUAAUCCACUCUCAUGAUUUCAAUCGAUUGAUGCUGGUAGCUGAGUCUUUGACAACACUUUUAUUUCCAUUCUCUUGGCCUCAUGUCUACGUCCCCAUCUUGCCGGAUGCCAUGGAAAAUUUCCUCGAUGCUCCGGUACCUUUCCUAAUGGGAUUACGUUCUCUUCCUUCUGACGACGCUCGCAUUCCUUCAGAGGCUAAUUUGUGCAUGGUGGACAUUGAUAAUGAUCGAAUUACCAUACCGGAAGAUCUGCCCUCUUUCCCACAGCACAAAGAGUUGGCAGAUGAGUUGAGAGAGGUGCUUACCAAAUUACAACAAACUCCAACCACUACACAUUCGUCAUCUUCGUCUUACAAUAAACAGGCCCCAAACACUAACAUACAAUCUUCUUCCUCAAACAAACAACGCCAAUCGUGGUCUCCAAUGGCGCUGGCAAGUGGAUCCAAUGCUUCUGUUCUGGAACGAUCGGAAGCUUUUCAAAAGAUUUCUGCCAUCGCUAAACGCACGGGCGUGUUCAGUGAAGAUACUAAAUGUGUUUCCAUGAAUGGCGGUAUGGAAUCGCAACCCGUUAUGGUUACUAGCGAUUUGGAACGCUACCUACGAGUGCAAAUAGUCAAUAACGCUAUCCGCGAAAUUUUCUUGAACCAAUUUGCUCACAUGUUUUCCGUUUAUGAAUACUUCUUUAACCAACCCAAUCAGGAUAUGGAUUCUUGGCUAUCAAACAGAGACCAAGUUCAUCCGUUUGAUAAAACGACUUUUCUGUCGGAUCAACCCGGACCGCAUCUCCGGUUCAUGUCGUGUUUCCUGGAAAGUCAAAUGUUUGCUAACUUCAUUGAUGCCAAAGUUCUGGCCAAUUAUGGUCAAUACAGCCACUCUGUUCGCGUGUUGGACGCACGUAUCAAACUUUUGAAGGAUGGAUACGGUGACUCCAUGGUUCGUACGCCAGGCUACGAGCCUUGCACCUGGUACGAACAGACAGCUGCAUUACUGGAACGGCGUCUUUUGAAACCGAUGAUGAAUGUGGUUACACCCAGCGAAAUACUCACCAACAUGGAUGAAAGACCAACCAAUAAGAAGCAGAGAACCAAUAAAUUUUAUCCGGGCUUUCCUAGUCUAAAUAAUUCGAUGCUGACCACUGCCCCCUGUUAUGAGACCAUCGGGAAGAAAGGAGAGAAAUCGCGGCGGAAGGAGAAGCCGACACUACAGAAAUCCUACUCUAUUGGAUUCGAAUCAAGUGGGAUAGCAGAAACGAUACGUGAUAGUAAUAACCUUGCAGUACCAAUUGCUCCACGGCCGGCUGUGAUUGCUCAGGGCAACUGGAAAUUCGUCGAACAACUUCUACAAGAGUGCAAGACUAAAACCAAGCGCUUGUUGGUGGGAAAAAUGGGAAGCGAGGCUUUUGAAUUGGGUCAUGGACAAGUAUCGGUCUCUGGUGUCGAAGAUAACACGUUGAUUGCUGGACUCUGUGAUCUGUUAGAACGUGUUUGGGCACACGGACUGCAAACUAAACAAGGUAAAUCGGCGCUCUGGUCACACAUCCUUCAUUAUCACGAUCAGAAAACAGCGCCGACGGUCAACAAUCCCGUUAAAGCUUCUAGUCAAGCCCCAGCUUAUGCAUUUGUCACAUUGAGGAAAAGAUUGCGGAAUCUUUCGGCACCUUCGUACGAUGGCGAUGGCGGUUUAGUGAAUCGAAGUCGCACUAGCCAUUCAGUCGAUAACAGCCGUGCUGGCAAUGCGCCCAACCGCAUGAAACCUUUGCCGGAAUCGUUGAUCUUUGAUAUGAGGAAUGUUCAAAACAUGGCAGACAUUAAAACCCACUUGGGUUAUGCACGCGCUUGGGUGCGAUUGUGCUUAGAAAAGAAGCUACUUUACGUACAUUUAACCACUCUCCUGUCAGAAGAAAGUCUCCUAAGGACUUUGUAUAAACGCUACGCGUUUUUGCGUUGCGAGGACGAGCGUAACCUCUUCUUGACAUACCUACUAACACUCAACGCUGCGGACUAUCAUUCUUUUACACAUACAUACACCAACACUGUGAUAACGUACCGUGUUUUGAUCGUCCAAGCAAAGUCAAACAUGUCGACUUGUCGCCCUUACCUUUUGCUAAGCGGGACGUUAGCUGACACUCAGGCCCUCUAUUUUGCAAACGACCGUCUGGAACUUCUCUUUCAGCAUAAAAACCUCGGAAUACUCACCACUGUCCGAAUUGGUCUUGAAGAUCAAAUUGGCAAUAGCCGUUGGUUAAUUGAUCAUGUCAUUGUGCGGAAUGAAAUUACUGGCCGUGCUUUUAAAUUUCCGUGUGGACUUUGGCUUGGUAAGGACAUCGAGGAUGGAUCCACGGAACGCUUACUAGUCGCGGCACCAUACGACUGCAGCACAAUGUGUGGGUCAGAUUUAGGAUCCAUCGAUCCUUCAAGUCAUGGCAACGGUUCGCCAGCUCACAAUACAGCUGGACCGGUGGGUUCACGCACUCGGUCGCCUAGUGCAACCCGUGCCGAAAGUUCGCUCACUAGUUCGCUUACAAAUUUAGCCGGAAAUCUCAAUAUCAACCUAAAAGGUGCUGGCACUCGUCGUAAAUUUACAGAGUCUGAAAUGCAGUGUCUGUUGGGAGAGGCCGUGAAUAAUCUUAUAAAGUAUUAUCUCGAGCCAACGGGUGAACGAGGUAAUGUUACCGCACUUCUAUGCGGUGAGUCAGGAUUGGUACCUUGCCUAGAGCUGGUCUUGCACCACGGAUUCCGCUCUUCUAGAUAUUUUACUCGUAAUCUAUACCUGUGGGAUUACUUGCUGCAAGUCCGAGAUUGUUACACCCAAGAUCCACGUUCUGUAACAAGUGUGAGAGACUAUGCAGACCCGUCGUCUGAUCGACCCGCUCGCCGCUGGUUGUGCGAUAUCAUCGGAAAGAUUCAGCAUUACGGGCAUUCACUUGGAAAACGAGACAAGCAACAACUAUUCCUUUGUCUUGCAGCAAGAGAUAGGAUGCUCCAUCGGAUUAUUGGUCCUUUGGCGUCAUGUUCGUCCACGUUGACACACUAUGAUGAGAAUUCCUACUUGAGGGACAAGCGCUUACGCGACUACCUACAACCUCUGUUACAAACUCUAAGCGAAGAAAAGGUAAAAAUUGUUCUGGAAGCGUCCAUAACGCGGGGCAUCGAUUAGAUUUUAAUGAAUAACUAUUCCUCGAUAGAAAAUUCGCGAUACAUUUUAUACGUAUUCUGUUUUGAUUUAAAUGUGUAGAUAGACUGGGUAAAUUUGUCUGUUUAUUUUACAAUUUCAAGCGAAAUGUUCCAAUAUGAUUAAUGGGUAACAUAUAUGUACGUGUCUGGUCUGGUGAAUACACCGAAUAGUCGUCGAAAACGUAA